CCGGAGCGCAGUGCAGUGUGCAGUGUCAGUUUUUGUCAUGCCCGCGCUGUUUUGCGAAUUCGCAACGAAAUGAGCGUGUCGGCGGCGGCACCGAGGCGGUAUGCAUCCACCGGCAUGUAACGAUGCGUCCGUCGGUGAGCAGGACGCACGCAUGCACACGUAGCAAUGGGCGGCUGCAUCGGGAUAACGCGGAGUCGCAGCGGCGCCAUCGACGAUUCAUCAGGGUCGAUAACGAGACCCAAUUCAGGCAGUACAAGAAAGAACCAUCCGCUGUGCCAUGAGACAAUCCGAUGGAAAUCCGACGUGCCACUAACCGAGGGCCAGCUGCGCAGCAAACGCGAUGAAUUCUGGGAUACAGCACCAGCGUUUGAGGGCCGGAAGGAGAUCUGGGACGCAUUGCGAGCGGCGGCAAUCGCCGCCGAAGCCACCGAUUAUGAACUAGCGCAGGCUAUUUUAGACGGGGCCAGUGUAUCCGUACCCAAUGGUUAUCUAACUGAAUGUUACGAUGAACUUGGGGCUAGAUAUCUUGUACCAAUCUACUGUUUAAGUUAUCCUAUUAAUAUUGUCAAGGAGGAUAACGGUAGGGACUCGCCAGCGGAUUAUUCCGAGCCGAUUGAUGGUGGGAUUGAAGCAACGCUCAAAUUGCGCUUGUCACACACCUGCACUGAUAUUAAACUGUCUGUUUAUACAACAGAUACGAUAAGUAUUUGUAAAAAGAAACUACAGAGUCAGGAAGGAAUUGAAUCGUCGCGUCAGCGAUGGUUCUACGGUGGGAAGCUGCUCGGCGAUAAACUGCGCGUGGAAGAAGCCAAAAUACCUCCCGGUUACGUGGUGCAAGUGAUUGUAAAUAUGGAAUACGCCAACGGCACCGAGAAGCAGUUAUGAGGACAUUUUUUAAAACAAAAACUUAGUGACACUUGCGGGUUGUUGUUGUUUUUACUUGUGUGUGCUGCACAAACGAAACAAGAAAUCAAAAACAAAGAACAAAACCAAUCAAUGCGACACCGACACUUUUACGAUUUACGAAAACUUGUCUGCCGACAUUACUAGUCCAUAGAAUUGAUUUUUUUCGUAUAUUUUCUGUUUUUAUCUUAAUUUUACUAGACGAUUAUACUACUCGUAGGCGCAUUUACUAGUUUCUAAUCAUUUUACACUUGUAUAUUUCGUGCUAUUCUUAAUCGACUGAUGUAGCUUGAGUGCAAUUCUGUUUACUUUACGUUUUUCUAGGUUAGUUUAUUGUUAAUUGAAUCGAUUAUGCUCAUUACUGAUAACUCAGGUGUGUCCGUGCGCGAUCAAAAUGAAGAAACAUGAUUCGGUUGGUUUUUUAUCUAUUUUUCUAUUUGAGAUGCAAGAUGGCGACGCACGCACGCUACAAAACUACAAAAAAACAAAAUGGUUGGUUUCUUGAUAUGCGAGAUAUUGUUAUUUCUAACUCUAAUUAAGAUAUUGAACUCUAUUGCAUUUGUUAAUGUUGUACUUGUGUUCUGACUUUGUAUUCGUCUCGCACGUGUGCAAGAAACAACAAUGUUGCUCAUUUUUAAAAACAAAUCAAACCAGAAAAAAACAAAUUGACAUUGUGAUACGUAGCGCGCAUGUAAUUACGAUCAGAAGUUGAUGAUUUUAUUGGUUUUUAUGUUUAAUCAACAAUUAUUCUUUUGAGGGGAGCUGGAGUUCGGAAUAGUUGAUGAUAUUCAUGUGCGGAAUGUGCGGUUAUGAUGACGAAUUGAUCAACGGUUGUAAUUUGUAAUAUUGUAAAUACUCACCGAGUUGUGAGCUGCGCGAAUAACUCAUUACUAAUGACGAAGCAAGAACAAAGCGAGGGAAAAAUCGAAAUUAGUUCAAGUAUUGAGGUUAAUAUGAAUAUUUGAUAAGACUAAGACUGUAAAUCGUAGUUUUUGUCCUUUUUGCAAGCAGAUUAAACAUGUUUCAAAUUCA